GCCAGGCAGUCUAGGUGGAGGCGGUCUGUCGGCGUGGCAGGAGGUUGUGUCGUGCUAGAUUCGUUAUAUAUAUUCAGUCAUGGGAGGUUCAAGUAUGCUACAGACGGGCCGGUGGCUACUGGGAAUGACACUGGUCGUGCUGGCGAUCAAGGUUGUAGAGGCUGCGGUCCUUGACAAGGACUCAAGUGAUCUCGAGAGGUUUUUCCUGGGCCGUACGGUUAAUCCAAUCUGCUUCCACAACUUGGCUCUUUGCAAGAUUGCAUGCGAGAGCUGUGACAAGUGUUACCAGGAAUAUGUGGAUUGUGGGAUGUCAUCUUACUACAGCACAAAAAAGACUGCUACAUCCUCGACAGUUGAUUUGGGUGCUGAUGCCGCCUCUGGAUCAACUACAUUGCUGGACGAUGGUUUAGAGGGAGGUGCCACAAAGGGUUCAGUGUUUACGCUUCCACGUAUACCGGUUAUUAAGCUUCCACGUAUACCUGUUAUUAAGCAUCCCUCAUCGUGGCAGAGUGUCCUUGUAAGUAAAAUACGCGGAGCAAUUGUAAGGACAACAACCUCCACCACCACUGACGCGACCGACGGACACGGAUCUGAUGUCCCUGAACAUUCUGCGUCUGUUCAGGGCCCUGGUACGAACGAUCAGUCUACGAAAGGUCCUAAAUCUGCCCCCAGGGACGGUGACCACAACCAACGCAACACUACUGACUCCUUUCAGCACGGGAAGCAUCACCACCACCACCACGAAGCCUCUGCCGGUCACUCUAAAGGCAAACCUCGUCCCAUCAACAGUACUGUUUCGGCAGGCAACAUCACCGCCACGAAUACGGAAGGGUCUCUUGAACAGUCCACGCUUCCCCACGAGUUCCAUGAUGGUACCACGGAAUCUGCUGAUCACCACUCCACGGAGGCAGCCACAACCCCGAGCCAUGACGGGGACCACUCUGCACAUGGUGACGCCUCUGCCUCCACAACCCACCAUCCUCCCUCGUCCCCUAAUACCGAAACUUCUUCGCCUACGGAGCCAGAAGUCCCUCCCGUGUCAACUCCAACCAGAGGCACAACUACCCACAAGAAACCUCACCACCACCAUCAUUCUAAGGCCGCUACUCCCAAACCUUCCUCGGAGACUAAAGGUGCUCCCGUGUCCUCUCCUACAGCUGAGGGAACCACUACCCGCAAACCUCACCGUCACUCCAAGGCCUCUACUCCCAAAUCGCAUUCCUCGACGGGGACAAAAGCUCCUCCAGUGCCCACUUCUGCACCAGCGGACAGUGCUCCCGUGUCCUCUCCUACAGCUAAGGGAACCACUACCCGCAAACCUCACAGUCACUCCAAGGCCUCUACUCCCAAAUCGCAUUCCUCGACGGGGACAAAAGUUCCUCCAGUGCCCACUUCUGCACCAGCGGACACCACUACACCCACAGAAUCCGCCCAUCCUCCCUCUGCGGCCCCCAAUCCCGAACUGCCUCCCUCGGCGCCCGUCUCCACUCCUUCAGCAGCGGACACCACUACACCCACAGAAUCGGCCCAUCCUCCCUCUGGGGCCUCUAAUCCCGAACAGCCUUCAUCUGUGAGCGACUCUCCCCCCACUGAAAUAAACCACCCUCCAUCGUCACCUGAUGCCGAACAGCCUUCCUCGACGUGGGGACCUGAAGAACCUCCCGCGCCAACUCCUCCAGCCGACUGGUAACAUGUUCGGCCCGCUUCGAAUCUGAUAUCGCCUGCAAACCAUUCCUAGCAUGGAUUAAAAUGUAUCCAUAUCAUGCUAGGAUUUUAAAUCUUAUUGAUGUAGAAUAAAAAUGUUUAAUAAUGUUCUAUAUGUAAAUAAAUUUGGUUACCCCUUUUAA